AAGCAGAAGAAAAUGUCGAAGAAACUUCAAAAAUCUCUCCAGGAUUACCUCUCCAAAAUCAAAAGUACCUCACCAAAUAUUCAAUUCCCUUCAAAAUCAGUCUCUUCUUCCAAAAAAUGGAUCCUCAAAGGGUGCAGACAUCCCAGAACCUUAUCUUUUGCAGUCACUCCCACUAGAAAUCACGUUCAUCAAGGAACCAAUGACGAUAAUAAUGAUGAUGCAGCCACGCUUGCGGAUGUUGAUCGUUUUCUCUUUGAGAAUUUCAGGUCGCUGUAUAUCGAAGAGGAUGACGAGGUUAACGAAAAGAGAUGUUUACAGGUUAGAUCAGAAGAAGACCAUGAAGGUGAUCAUCAUCUUGUAAGAAGCUCUGGUGGGUUUUUGCUUCAGUCUCCGAGGUUUAUGGAUCGUCCCUCGUACCUUUUCGGUCCCAACAGGUUCUUCGUAUCGACAGGGUCAUCGAAUUCGCUUGUUGGCAAGGCUGGGAGCAACGCCGGGACCAACACCACCAUGUCGAUUUCGGAGAACAUGGGCUCAACUUCUACCUCGUCGGCUUCAACCAACAACGCUACUGCUUCCGACGAUUGUAACAGCAACGUCGGUGUUGAGGGUGAUGGUGUCACAGGCCGGAACGAAUGCAUUGCGGUGUUAACGUAUUCUCCGAGUCCGUACGAUGAUUUCCGACGUUCCAUGCAAGAAAUUGUGGAAGCGAGACUGAAACAUCAUUCGGAAAUCGAUUGGGAUUUCAUGGAAGAGCUCGUGUUUUGUUACUUGAACUUGAAUGACAACAAGUCUCACAAGUUCAUCUUAAGUGCUUUUGUUGACCUGGUCGUGGAUUUGCGUCAAAAAGACAUGAAGAUUCCGGUCAACACUCGGCAUUUUAAGGCUAAUAAUGUACAAGAUCACAGUAAAUCAAGGAGAACUAGGCGCCAUGUAAGUUCAUUAAAUCUAGUUGCUGCUCUUCAUCUCCGUCAUGUGUCGGUCAUCCCUCGGCACCAUGCCACCUUGAUAUCAUUCGCUAAAGAUCCUGAAGCCUUCUUUUCUUCCGCUCCGCCUUCACCAUCGUCUGCCGCUGUUUUCUUCAUCCACCUGUACAUCUCCCAGAUUCAUUUGCGUUUCUCCCAGAGUUCUUGUAUUGUUUCUUGA